GUUUUUCGACAUAGUUUGAGCCUGACUUUUAUCUUCAAUGGAGUAUGGCUUCGUAGACUGUCACUGUCAUAUAUCAGCCAGUGAGUUUAAAGAGGAUCUGGAGGAUGUGAUUCAGAGGACCACUGAGGCUGGGGUAAGGACUCUUGUUGCAGUUACAGAAGAAGUCAGAGAGUUUGACAGAGUUCUCCAGCUGCAAGAAAGUUAUCCAGAUCUGGUGGCUCCAUGUUUCGGCCUCCAUCCGCUGCAGGCUGGCGGGGCCGAGCAGCGCAGCGUGACGCCUCAGGACCUUGAUGCUGCCCUGCCACAAUUCUACAAACACAAAGAGUGUAUUGUCGCUGUUGGAGAGAUUGGUUUAGACUUCACGCCGUGGUGUGCUCCCACACAGGAGGACAGAGACAACCAGAUGAAUGUCUUCAUUAAACAGCUCGACGUCGCCAAGGAACUGGACCUGCCUGUGAACGUCCACUCGCGAUCAGCUGCUAAGGUCACCAUAGCAACCAUGAAAGAACAAGGUAUCAGUCGAGCUUUGCUUCACAACUUUGCGGGGAAGCCGUCAGUCGCUCUGGAAGGCGUGAAGGCUGGUUACUUCUUCUCCUUUCCACCUGCUGUCUGCAGGAAUCCACAGAGAGACAGACUGAUCAAGCAGAUCCCACUGGAGCACAUCUGUCUGGAAACAGACUCUCCUGCACUGGGGCUUGACAAGCAUGUAAGGAACGAACCUUGUAACAUCGCUCUGUCCUGCCGGUACAUCGCCGACGUCAAAGGUCUGUCUCCACAAACUGUUCAGCUCGUCACUGCACAAAAUGCACACAGACUCUUUCCCAAAGUGAAGAGGCGCUAAACAUGAAGUACUCAAGUUCUGUAGUGUAAGGUUUGGCCUGAGGGAGGCGCCAGAGGGAACUUAAAUCAGAAAGACUUUAUGCUUUGUUUGGAAAGUUAGCGUUAAGCCGUGUUCAGCGUGGCUCGAUGUGAUGACGUUCUAUAGCCUUAUUUAGUCACUUGUUAGCUACCGCCUUUUUAAAGGCGCAUAAAAGCUUCAGAUUUUUUCAUCAUAGGUGAUUUUUAGGGCUUCUAACUAAAAAAAACCCAUCGACCUUGAGAUGAGGGAACCAGAGGUGCUGAAUUGUUAAUUCAUUUUUGGGUUUUAGGACUCAUUACUGCGGUUCUCUAGUGGCUGUUCUUUGUUGGACUCUGCAGUGUUCUGAGCCGAAUACUAACUCUAGCAUGCUAAUAUAUGUUAAUGUUUCUAAUAAUGUUUCUUAAGAUGGCAUUUUAGCAUGCUAUAUUAGCAUUUAGCUCAAUAUACAGCUAUGACCUACAGGAAUUUAGUCAUCAGUUUUUGAGGUAU